AUGAACAAAAUCGUCAACAAAUCGAUGAUUGGCGCUGCGAAGCGUGUUAUGAUGUGCAGACCAACACAUUUCAAAGUGAGCAUUCGAACGGCUCAUGCGAUGGAACCGAGAUGUUUAGGUGGAAUACUCGAUAAACCCGUGGAUGGAUGAGAAGGUUCAGGCAGACUUUUACAAAGCGACAAAGCAGUGGGAGAUAUUGAAGAAGACGAUAGAGAGGUGCGGGGCAGAAGUAGUCGUGAUGGAGUCGGACGACGCCCGAGACUACCCAGACAUCGUAUUCUGUGCGAAUGCUGGAAUUCUUCGCGGAAAAAAGGUUUAUCUCUCUCACUUUGCAUAUCCCGAACGAUAUGGAGAACACGUCUUCUAUAAGAGAUUCUUUGACGAACUUGGCUACGAGACCUUCUUCAAUCAGGAUAUCAUUCACGAAGGAGCCGGUGACGCUCUCUGGUGUGGAAAAGGAAUGAACGUUCUCGUGAGCGGAGUCGGCCCGAGAUCCGAUGUGCAGGCAUGCGGAGAUAUUCGGAGAAAGCUGAAGACGUGCUCGGAAGAUCGCUUCUCCGUCGUGGCCGCCCGUCUCGUCGACCCCCGCUUCUACCACGUCGACACUUGCUUCUGUCCCCUAGAGGAGAAUCUCGCGAUGGCAUACAAGCCCGCGUUUGAUAGUGUUUCCCAGAAUAACAUCCAGAAUUACACAGAGCUUCUCCCGGUAUCCUUUUUGACUAGAAGUUCAGACAAUCGUGGUUUUCAGGUCUCCGAGAAAGAUGCGCGUCGAUUUGUGUGCAAUUCAGUGGUGAUCGGAAAGAAUGUGGUCGUGCAUCAAGGCUCCGAGACCACGUACAAACUGCUCGAGAAGCACGGAUACACAGUGCAUCCGAUCGAUAUGAGCGAGUUCAUCAAGGCGGGCGGUUCGGCCAAAUGUUGCACUUUGAGAUUAGAAUAA